AAGAAGAUGUAGCUUCUAGAGAAACACGAAACGAGGAAUUACAAUAUAUUUUCAACCAAUUUGAACAACGGAAACAACGACAGAAACAACUAUAGAAACAUCUACUUUGACUAGCCAAGAUAGAAGAACUUCUCUAGCUGAUCUUCAGAAUGCUAAUGUCGAUAAACCACUACCACCUCCUGUGGAUGUUCCUUUUGACUUUAAUAAAUUUUUAUGGCAAAUGCGACGACGUGCAGCAAAUCCAAUUACAAGAUACUUCAAAAGUUUUUUACAAGCUUUUGACCGUCGACCGUGGGCUGUCAAUGAACAGAUCAAGAUCAUCCAAGACUUUUUAGAUUUUAUAUAUGUCAAAAUGCGUGAAUGUGAAGUAUGGAAAUAUUCCAAUGAUCAAGAAUUUGAAAAUGCUAAAGAAGGGAUGGAAAAAUUAGUAAUGAAUCGACUAUACCAUGCCACUUUUUCACCAACCACUACAGAUGAUAAAGAACGGGACGAAAUCUUACAACAAAAAAUUAGUAUCUUUAGAUGGAUUAGAGAAGUACAUCUUGAUAUCGCAGAAACUGAACAUAAUGAAUCAUUCAUGACUUUUGCUGAAUCAGAAUUAUUGAAAAUCAACAAUUACAAGGCACCAAGAGAUAAAUUGAUCUGUAUCUUGAAUUGUUGCAAAGUCAUCUUUGGUCUGAUGAAACAUGUUGAUGAUGGUGAAGGUGGUGCAGACAAAUUCUUACCUUUACUUAUCUAUGUUGUUAUUCGUGCCAAUCCUCCUCGUUUGGUAUCUAAUGUUCAAUAUAUUUCACGCUUCCGAAAUCCUGAACAUUUACAAGCUGAAGCUGGUUACUACCUCACCAAUCUGAUGGGAGCGAUAUCCUUUAUUGAAACAAUGGAAGCUAAAUCAUUAUCCAUCACUCAAGAAGAAUUUGAUCGUAAUAUUGAACGUACAAUGCAAGAACUAAAACAAGAAAGACCCAAUGUCUCUCAAGAUAAACAAAAAAUUAAUUAUGAAAAUGCUGUUCAUCCUUCUCAUACGUCACAAGUAGCACCUCCUUUACUUGAUCCUGCCAAAGCAGCCAAUCUAUUAGAAAAGGGUAGUAGUUUUGCUCAAAAAACCAUGCAGAAACCAUUGAACUUUGUUGGCAAGAUAUUUCAAGGUUUAGGUGAAGGUAGUCAAGAAUCUGAAGAAAAUCAACAACAACAUCUGCAACAACAGUAUUAUCAACAACAGCAACAUCGACAACAGUAUCAACAGUAUUAUCAACAACAACAACAACAAUCAAAUAUGCCAUCUUUGCCUCCUAGACCUUUACCUCCACAAGGCCCUGAUCCAAGACAAGUUUUUGAUGACAAUUUACGAACAAUCAUUACCAUGUUUCCAAACGUUGAACCUGAUGUUUGUUUUAUGAUUCUUCAAGCAAAUGAAAAUGAUGUAGAUAGUACAGUUGACACGCUUCUUGAAAUUUCAGAUCCAAGAAGACCUUCACCACCAACAACAAAUACCACUGUGCAACCAAAUGAACAACUAGUUGAUACCAAUUUAACCAAUAAUCAAGACAACAAUGAUAGUACCGACACAGAUCAAAACAACAAUACCAUCCGAAACAAUGAAUGAAUAGAUUAGUUAUGUAUUUAUUAUUUUUAUU